GUGCUAUGUACGGUCGUUUGCGACAGCACGGGAAGGGGCGCGAGACUACGCGAGAGCUGAGCAGCGGAACGCAUCCUAAUUUCGAACCAAUACCCUGUAAUUAGGUGUGUCAAGGAAUCUGCCUGAGGCCACAGGAUACAUUUGGUGGACCGACAGCUUUAACAUCCAGCAGCCUACCAGUAGAGGGGGCUCUUUACAUGCUCGUUCCAGUAGUGUAAGUUUGUGCCAGCAGUGAAGAGGAGUGCUUUUGUUUGCGCCAGGUCAGCGGGUUGUUAUGGAGGUGUCCAGCCACAGCCUGUUCCUGUUGCAACAACUGAAUGUCCAGAGGGAGUUUGGCUUCCUGUGCGACUGCACUGUGGCCAUCGGGAAUGUCUACUUCAAAGCCCAUCGGGCUGUGCUGGCGGCAUUCUCCAACUACUUCAAAAUGAUCUUCAUCCAUCAGUCCAGUGAGUGCAUUAAGAUCCAGCCCACUGACAUCCAGCCUGACGUGUUCAGCUACCUGCUGCACAUCAUGUACACAGGCAUGGGACCCAAGCAGCAGGUGGAUCAGAGCAGGCUGCAAGAGGGCAUCAGGUUCCUGCACGCUUACCAGCUGUGCCGAGGUGCCGCUGAGGGCCAGGACCCUGCCUCUGACACCAGCAGGAUGUCCAACCUCUAUGGGAUUCAGAUCUCCUCCCAGUCAGGCCCCAAGGGGAACCUGAGCACCAAGGAAGGUCAGCCCAGUGUGCGGUUGCGGCCCACCCCGGCCCUUGGCCCCAGGGAGACAUUGCGAAACAGACCUCGCACCAGCCUCCACGGCACCUGCUCUGUGGCCUCUGGGGAAGACAGCAACUUUCAGCCUAAAGUAAAACAGGAGGCGCUGGAGUCUGAGGUUACCGCAGAGCCUCAGGCCUCCUUCCCUGGUCAGGGCUGCUUCCGGGAGCGACGCAGGCCACUGCACUGCCACCAGUGCGGGGAGAGCUGCAGCUCUCGCCAGGGUCUGCGGGAGCACCUUUUUACCCAUGCCUCUGGCUCCCUGGUCCUGGCUUCACCUGUGGCCCACCUAGAGAACACAAACCAGGGACUUAGUCAUGAUGCCAGUGGUGCUGAGUCAGAGGGGCCCGAAGAGCACCCCCUACAGUAUGGCACAGCAGGGGGGACACUUAGUGAUGCAGAGCAGCUGGAGGACACAGCAGCUGAGCCAAGGGGCUCCCGACGCAGAAAGGCUGCCUGCACCACCUGUCUGGCCCAAGGGAGUCAGCUUCAGGAGCAAAGGUCGGCGCUCUGCUUCCGCCAUGGACGCUGCCGGCAAGUGGCCCAUGUGCUGCGGCCCUGCUGUGAAGGCCAGGCACAGCUGGGGCUGCAGGAGGUGACGGCCAUCCCUCAGGACAAUGGCGGCUCCUGUUACUCAUUAGACUCUGAGAUCUCUCAGGAGAGCAUUGACACCGUGCUCACCGAGUAACAUGCACGUACCAGCCGCUCUCACACUAUCCUUUACUCACAGUCGCUUCAGUCACACUAAUCUUCCUGUCCUCCUAGCCAUACUGUUAUUUUGUUAGCCAUCCUUUAUUAUUGAUUGCUGAUCUCAUGAAAACAUAUUGUAAUAAAUUCCUUUUAAUCUUUCGCAGGUAAAUUGCUGAAAUACAAUUAGGAAAUAGGAUUAUUUAUUUCUUUUGUACCUCAAGUUAUAGCACAAAAGAGUCUCCUGUGGUUUUAAUGGAUUUUCUUUUUAUGCAUGUAAUUAACACCAGUGGUUGUGCAUUCUUUAUUUCUAAACCUCUUUAUUUAGUGAUUAUAAAAAUGACAAGCAAUAUAUAUUGUAACGGCAACAUGUCACCCUUUGCUAUCUGUGCCAGGGUGCUUGUGGGUGACAACUGUUAUAAAUGCUGAUUCUGAAGUGCACACUAAAAUGGCAGCUACUGUAUGAAGUGACAGUAAAAUGUGUAUUCAUUGAUGACAACUGAUGUAUAAUUUAAAGAAGUGGUCUUAAGGUUUACUUAGCAUUCUUAUUCUUCCUAAUUUGAGCAUUGCUGUGCUUUGCUUGGUGUUAUUGUUUUAAGUGUUACAACAGAAUGUUGAAUGCAGUGUUUAUUUGUCUUGAAGACUACUGUAACCAUUGAAAUAACUAAUAAUCUAAAUAAUUGUAUUUUUUGUUUGUUUGUUUUCUACAUCAACCUGACUUGUGUCCUGUUGCAUAUUGACAUAAACUAAAUAUAAAUAAUCUAUUUAUUCUGGAUAUUUUGCCUUAGUUUGAACUGUCCCUUGUAAAAUGUUAGUGUCCACAGUGUAGUAGACCAAGCUGUCUUUAGUGGUAAAUGUCUGGGAGUGAUGACAGAGGAGUGUAUCUGAUUUCUCUGUACUGCUUUGUGCCGAUGGCC